AUGGUGCUGGAGAGUGCGCUGCAAUGGGCUUGUACCGCCGGCGCGGCCUUUGUUUUGGCCUCUCGGGUUUGGGGCUUAGCCUUGAGAAGCAACAAUGAAGCUCCGCAACCCUUGUGGAUGCAGGAAGACGAAGGUGAGACAGACGACGAGGGAGAGCACGAGGGCUUGAACAGGCACGUCUAUGAGGCGCACUGCUCAUUGCUCUUGUUGCUGGGCAGCAACAGCACCGGAAGCAGCAGCAGCAGUUGCUGCAGAUACAGCGGAGAGCUCCUGCUGCAGUUGGUGCUACAGCAGGCGCACAGCCAGAGAGAAGACGUGUUUCUGAACUUCUCUGGCGGGGUGCUCCAAAGGAUUUCCAUUAACGGCAGGCCCGUUGGCGCAGAUGGACGCCCCACAGAAAGACUUUCUCUGUUUGAAGGUCUGCACCAGCCCGUGACUUGGAGAGGCCACCUGCUGCGUAUUCCUGGGGAUAUGCUUCGGCAUGGCACCAAUCAGCUGUACAUCCACUUUGUCAAUGCAUAUGCCCUAGCCGAGGGAGGAGGCCUCCGCUGCUGCUUGCUGGGGGAGGAAGGCGGACCAUUUUUCUGCACCAUGCUGCAGCCGUUUGAAGGAAGAACCUUGUUGCCGUGCAUCGAUAGCCAAAACGGCAAGAUGACGGUCCAACUCACCGUUGCAGCUCCUCCAGGGCUUACAGUUGUCUCUAACGAACCCCUUGCUGCGAUGUAUGGGGACCUUACAGCAUACAGCGUAGAGGCGCAGCAGCCGUUCGGCUGCUGUGAGUCUCUGCCACCUUCAAUUCUCGACGAACUGCCACGCGAAAGUUGCCGUGUAUGGGUAUUCGAGAGGACAGGCCAUAUAAACGAACUGCUGCUGGAAAUCAUCGCGCCUCCGCUGCGGCGGGCUCCUCGAGGUGUACGGACAGCAGCAGCACCAGAAACCCCAGCAGCAGCAGCAGCAGCAGCAGCAGCAGCAGGGGGAGGGAGGGCGGCUGCGGCAGCAGGCUUUUCUACCGGGAGUUACCUCACUUCGCACGCAGCAGCAGCAACAGAAGCAGCAUCCGAUCUGGAGAGCUUGAUUACGGCUCUGCACAGUCUCUAUUGGGGGGUGUGCUUGCUGUGGCUAUGCAGCAACUGCUGCACCUGCUACUACGGAAACACUUGCACUUGCGUUUUUGGAAGUGGCAGCAAAAGCAGCACGAGCAGCAGCAGAAGCAGCACGAGCAAGAGCAGCAGCAGCAUCAGUGAGUGCAGCUUGAGCAGCCCAAACACGCGGCAGGCGCACAGUGUAUCUAAGGAUUCUGCUGACAUGCAGGAAACAGGAACCACACCCACGACCACCAUUCGUUCGAGACGCAGUGAUGCAGCCUCAAGCAGAGUCUCCCCCACAAGGUAUGCAAAUUUGAGCUGCACCGCAAGCUGCGGCAGCACCUUAAGGAUGCCCUGUCAACACGACGACUCGUGGCUCGGGGAUGCGGUGUCUAUACACCUCGCUGCCGAAAUUCUGAGCACACCCAAGAGAGACGCUUUUUUGAGGCAGUUGCUGCGGCUGCGAUGCAUGCAAAGGCUGCUGCUUCUGGGUAGCAGUGCAGGCGCCGUCAGCAGAGCCAGCAGCAGCAGCAGCAGCAGCCAACAACACAAGCAGCCCUAUGAAGCCCACGAAAAGGCAGCAAAACGCAACAGCAGCAGCAGCAGUAGCAGUAGCAGCAACAACACCAACAGCCGCAGGGAUUCUCUUAUGUGGCUCUGGUUUCAUAGCCACAUCAAGCAGUGGGCGUACAGGGCAGAUCAGAAGAUGUCUUCGCACCCAGUGUGCAUACAGCGGAGGAGUGGCGUCAGCUUAAGGCAGCAGCAGCAAGAGCAACACCUGCUGCUUCAGCGAGCGCUCCUCUGGGGGAAGGCUGCAGCUCUCUUGCGGCAACAUCGGCAGGCCCUCAGGACGUACAUACAGUUGCGACACGCCGCCUCGCCAUGUGCUCGCGUGUUUCUAGAGCAUUGCCUAGCUGCUGCUGCUGCCGAUCAGCAACAGCAGCAACAGCAGCAACAGCAGCAGCAGCAGCAGCAGCAGCAAGAAGAAGAAGCAGCUGCUGCUGCCGCCUGGAGAACCCUCAGACGCUGGUGGGGUUCAGCUGGCGUUUCCGUUCUCAAGCCUGUGAGUAUAUACAGUGGGAGCGGCAGCAGCGGCUCCCAAGGUCUGUCGCUAGCUUCCUUCCACUUGCUGCAAUACGAUGCUGCAGCAGCCCCUGCAGCAACAGCAGCAACAGCAACAGCAGCAGCAGCAGCAGCAGCAGCAGCAGGCCUUGAGGGAGACGGUGUCUCGCAGCAAUUGCAUAGGCUGCAGAGCCUCAAGGCACUUCAGAUAUCAGCCUUCUAUACGGAUGCAAGCGACAGCUUGUUGGAAAAGCAAAUUUCGUGUGGCUUCUCAGGUCGUGCAACAGCAGUUGCAUUGGGCUAUAAAGCGCUUCCUCGAGCUCUCAUCCUGAAUGCAGAUGAUGCAGCGUACAUACAGCCCUACAUGGAGAGAGACGCGAUGAUAUUUCUGUUGCAGCAGGAGCCGCCGCUGCAGAGCUGCAUGCACCGAUUGCUGCUCCUAGCGGCAGCCUUGCGCAAAGCAACUCAAGGCCAAGUUGCUGUCGAAUGCAUCACUGGCCUAAUGGUGCAUGCACUCCAGCAAGAAGAAGACCCUUGGGUGUUAUGGUUUGGAAUUCGCUCUGUUACCAAGCUCCUCUUUCACCUUCUGCCUCCUGGUAUCUUUCACUCUGAGGCUGGGAAAGUCUUUGAGAUCUCCCUGGGAAGCGCUGCUGGAUGGACUCAGCGGCAGCAGCAGUAUCAGAAGCAGCAGCAGAGGCACCAGCAACAAAAGCAGCAGCAACAGACGCAGCAGCAGCCGCGGCAACGGUCUCGUUAUGGGAAUAGAAGCAGAAGUAGAAGCAGGGAUGAAGAAGCGCGAGCUCCUCUUCAGGUGUCAUGGUUGCAUGCAGCUACAACCCUUGCAGUGUCAGCUGAUCAUAUUCUGCUGUUGGUGCACUUGCUGCUGCUGCAGCCCUUACUUCAGCAGCACCUUGGAGGGUUCGGCAGAGCAUCUGCGAGUGCUUCAGAAGCAGCAACAUGCAGGUGCAACUGCAGGCGAGGCAGCUGGCCUUGCUUGCUGCGGCUGCAGCAGCAUUUGCCAUGCUGCGCCUCUGCGAAAGCUGCUGUAGCGGAUGCGAAGACUUCUGCAGCAAGUUAUUGCGGGGUUGCUCUAUGCCCGUUCUUCGCUGAACUCCUUGAUUUCGUGUGUGGUAGAGGCGCUACUGCAGCAACAGCGGCCUCUGCUGCAGCUCAUGGGGGGGAGUCGGUUAGUUCGAGGGCAUCUACAGGCUUUCAAUUCGACGCGCUGUGUGGGGGAGGGGGAGAUCUGAGCUGCCGCUGCUGCCGCUGCGUAUUUGGACUGCUGCUCUAUUUUCCCCUCCUGCUGCAGCGGGAGCGGUGGCUUAUUCUGGAGAGGCUUUGCGCUGCUCCUGAUCGCACGCUUGCUGCAGUGGCAAGCAUGCGGUCGGGAGCAGCCGCGGAGAUGCGCAAAGAUGACACUGCCCAGCCAGCGCAUGUAGCAACAGCACCAUCAGCAAAAGGAGCAGCAGCAGCACUAACGGCGAAACAACAACGACUGUGGGGGUAUGCCAAGGCGCAACUGCUGGCAACUGAGGAAGCUCUAGACUGCAACAGCUCCAGAGUUACCACUGGCUUGGCACGCUGUCACGCAGCUGCCCCAUCCAUGGAAUGCAAAGAGGCCAUUUGGGUGAGAGUGCUCGACACACCCAACGCCGCAGCUGCUGCCGCUACUGCUGCUGCUGCAGCCUUCUACCAGCGAGUUGAGGGGCACGACAAGGUGCUGUUGCAGCAGCGGCUCAAGAGCACGCAGAGGCAGCUCGCGCAGCAGCAGCAGCAGACGCCGCCGUACAGACGCUGCGGCGCUCUGCCCUUUGAGGAGCGCUUUUUCAGGCAAAUUGCUGAGGUGUCCAUACACCUGCCCUUCAGCAGCACCAAAAUGUUGUGGAAUGCCCUGUUUCCACUCCACUGUUGCUCCAGGCUGACACUGCAGCACGCUUUACAGCUGCUGCAGCUGCUACAGCGAAGGAACAGCAGCAGCAGCACUCGCAGAAGGAUGAGCAACAAGCAGGCAGCGGCCGCACUGAGCCAGAGAGGCUUCUUGCUAUUGGCAGCCGAUGGGCACAAUGCGCUGCUUCUGCUGCGGCGAGCACAGCUAAGAACUGCUCUACCAAAGCCCUAA